AUGGGUGAGUGCCCUGUCAACCAUGCCAACGUCGCUGGCGGUGGUACCAGGAACAACGACUGGUGGCCCAACCAGCUGCGCCUCAACAUCCUCCGCCAACAUCAGCCUGCGUCGAGCCCGUACAGCAAGGAGUUUGACUAUGCCGCCGCCUUCAAGUCUCUCGACUAUGAAGCGCUGAAGAAGGAUAUCACGGCGGUCAUGACCGACUCCCAGGAUUGGUGGCCGGCCGACUUCGGCCACUAUGGCGGUCUUUUCAUCCGCAUGGCAUGGCACAGCGCUGGUACAUACCGUGUCUUUGAUGGCCGUGGCGGUGGCAGCCAAGGCCAACAGCGGUUCGCGCCGCUGAACAGCUGGCCGGACAACGUCAGUCUCGACAAGGCGCGCCGCCUCUUAUGGCCUGUCAAGCAAAAGUACGGCGACAAGAUCUCGUGGGCAGACUUGCUUCUCUUGACGGGCAACGUCGCCCUCGAAUCCAUGGGUUUCAAGACGUUUGGCUUCGCGGGCGGCCGCCCUGACACCUGGGAGGCCGAUGAAUCGGCCUACUGGGGCGGUGAGAAGACAUGGCUCGGCAACGAUGUUCGCUACGGCCAAGGCAAUGAGGGUGUCGCCGGACAGGGUGUUGUGGAUGGCGACGAGUCGAAGAAGGGCCAUCGGGACAUUCACUCACGCGAUCUCGAAUCGCCGCUCGCCGCCGCACAUAUGGGUCUCAUCUAUGUUAACCCUGAGGGUCCCGACGGCAUCCCCGACCCCGUUGCGGCAGGCAGGGACAUUCGUACCACCUUUGGCCGCAUGGCCAUGAAUGAUGAGGAGACGGUCGCACUGAUCGCCGGCGGCCACACUUUCGGCAAGACACACGGCGCUGCUCCCGCGGUCAACGUCAGCAAGGAGCCGGAAGCGGCUCCCUUGGAGCAGCAGGGCCUCGGCUGGAGCAACAAGCAUGGAACGGGCAAGGGGCCGGAUACCAUCACCAGCGGCCUCGAGGUCAUCUGGACCAAGGAGCCGACGAAGUGGACCCACAACUUCUUCGAGUACCUCUUCAAAUUCGAAUGGGAGCUUACCAAGAGCCCCGCGGGCGCCAACCAAUGGGUCGCCAAGAACACCGAGCCGAUCAUCCCUGACGCCUUUGACCCCAACAAGAAGCACUUGCCUCGCAUGCUCACGACUGAUCUGGCGUUGCGGUUCGACCCGGAAUACGAGAAGAUCUCGCGCCGUUUCCUAGAGAACCCCGACCAGUUCGCUGACGCCUUCGCGCGCGCCUGGUUCAAGCUUCUGCACCGCGACUUGGGUCCGCGCUCACGCUGGCUUGGCCCCGAGAUCCCAUCCGAAGUGCUCAUCUGGGAGGACCCCGUCCCGGCGGUCAACCACCCGCUUGUAGACGAACAGGACGUUACCACCCUCAAGCGCGCCAUCCUUGCCACUGGCGUUGCUCCUGCUAAGCUGAUCUCGACCGCCUGGGCGUCUGCUUCGACCUUCCGCGGCGGGGACAAGCGCGGUGGUGCCAACGGCGCCCGCAUCCGUCUGGCGCCGCAGAAGGACUGGAAGGUCAACAACCCGCCACAACUAGCCGAGGUUCUGAAGGCGCUCGAAGGUGUACAGGCCCAGUUCAACGGCGCUAGCCAGAGCAAGAAGGUGUCCCUGGCGGAUCUCAUUGUGCUCGGUGGUGUCGCGGCACUGGAGCAGGCCGCCGGUGUUUCUGUCCCCUUCACCCCCGGCCGUACCGACGCGUCGCAAGAGCAGACCGAAGUCGAGUCGUUCGCGCAUCUCGAGCCGCAUGUCGACGGUUUCCGCAGCUAUGGCCGGGGGACGUCGCGUGUGUCGACCGAGCAAUUCCUGGUUGACCGUGCACAUCUUCUGACCCUAACACCGCCCGAGUUGGCCGUGCUCGUUGGUGGUCUGCGGGUGCUCGGCGCCAACUACGACGGGUCCUCCAACGGCGUUUUCACCACGCGCCCCGGUAAGCUGACCAACGACUAUUUCGUCAACCUGCUGGAUAUGGCUACGGCGUGGAAGUCGGUCGACGGCGAGGUGUUCGAGGGCAAUGACCGCAAAACAGGAGAGAAGAAGUGGACCGGCACGCGGGCCGACCUCGUUUUCGGUGCGCACGCGGAACUGCGGGCCAUUUCCGAGGUGUAUGGCAGUUCGAGUGGGCAAGACAAGUUCGUGAAGGACUUUGUUGCGGCGUGGAGCAAGGUGAUGAACCUCGACCGUUACGAUCUCGCGCAGCCUGGAUCUUCGGGACCGAAGUUGUAA